AGCAGUGCUGUGGACACAGACUCCAACAUCCACAGGCCAUGGGAUUCAGGGAAGUGCUCCUUCCUGAGAGAAAACACAGAUCAGGAGGAGGAAGGACAGCAGAUGCUGGUGCUGUGUUGGAGGGGAAGUUCUCCUUUUCAAAGAGAGGACAGUGCAGUGAGAAGAGAGAUGUAGGUGUCCUUCACACUUCUCUACAAGGGUAUAUACCCUGGCAGGGUCUUCUGUUCACAGCUUUUCUUUUAACCUCCUGGCUCCUGCCCACCACUCUCCAAGUCACCAUUGAAUUAGUGCCACCCCAAGUGGCUGAAGGAGAAAAUGUCCUUUUUCUUGCUCACAAUCUGCCAGAGAAUCUUAUAGCCAUAGCCUGGUUCAAAGGAGUGACAAAUAUGAAUCUUGGAAUUGCACUGUAUGCACUGGCCUCUAACAUAAGUGUGACAGGGCCUGAACACAGUGGUAGAGAGACAGUGUACAGCAAUGGAUCCCUGCUACUUCAAAAUGUCACCCAGAAGGACACAGAAUUCUAUACUCUAUGAACAUUAAAUAGACAUGGAGAAAUUGUAUCAACAACAUCCAUAUACCUCCAUGUGUACACCUUCUUUUGGACCUGUGGACCACUUUCUCCCUCUGUCCAGUUCACCAUUGAAUCAGUGCCACCCAAUGUUGCUGAUGGGGGAAGUGUUCUUCUAGUUGUUCACAAUCUUCCAGAGAAUCUUCGAGCCUUUUUCUGGUACAAAGGAAUGAUUGUGUCCAGGAAUCUUGAGGUUGCAAGACACAUAAUAGCCACUAAUUUAAGUGUUCAUGGGCCUUUACACAGUGGUAGAGAGACAAUAUACAGCAAUGGAUCCUUCAUGUUCUACAAUGUCACAUGGAAGGAUACUGGACUAUAUACCCUACGAACUCUAAGUAGAGAUAUGAAAACAGAAUUAGCACAUGUACAACUCCAGGUGGACACCUCCCUUUCUACAUGCCGUAACCCCAUCACCUUUUCUCAACUCAUGAUUGAACCAGUGCCACAGUAUGCUGUUGAAGGAGAAAGUGUUCUUCUCGUUGUUCAUAAUCUGCCAAAAGGUCUGCAAGCCUUUUCCUGGUACAAAUCAGUGUAUGGGGCUGACAUACUGAAAAUCACAGAAUACAGCAGAGCCAUGAAUUCCACCACAUGGGGAAGUGAACUCAGCAGAAGAAAGAUUGUGUACACUAACGGAUCCCUGCUGCUUCAGAAUGCCACUGAGAAAGAUGCAGGAAUGUACACACUUGAAACUUUAAGCAGAGAUUUCAAAAUUGAAAAAGCACAGGUGCAGACACGCCUCAUGAAACCAGAAGAGACUGUCACUUUGAAGAAAUUUGUAGAGAACCCUCUUUAG